AUGGGGGAGAAACCAUUUAAAUGUAUAGAAUGUGGAAAGAGCUUCAGUCGAAAUGGAACACUUAGAAUACACCAACAAACUCACACGGGGGAGAAACCAUUUAAAUGUAUUAAAUGUGGAAAAAGCUUCAGUCAAAAUGGAAACCUUAGAAUACACGAAGGAACUCACACGGGGGAGAAACCAUUUAAAUGUAUUGAAUGUGGAAAGAGCUUCAAUGAUAGUGGAAACCUUAGACAACAUCAACAAACUCACACGGGGGAGACACCAUUUAAAUGUAUUGAAUGUGGAAAGUGCUUCAGUCAAAAUGGAACACUUAGAAGACAUCAACGAACUCACACAGGGGAGAAACCAUUUGAAUGUAUUGAAUGUGGAAAGAGCUUCAAUGAUAGUGGAAACCUUAGACAACAUCAACAAACUCACACGGGGGAGACACCAUUUAAAUGUAUUGAAUGUGGAAAGUGCUUCAGUCAAAAUGGAACACUUAGAAGACAUCAACGAACUCACACAGGGGAGAAACCAUUUGAAUGUAUUGAAUGUGGAAAGAGCUUCAAUGAUAGUGGAAACCUUAGACAACAUCAACAAACUCACACGGGGAGACACCAUUUAAAUGUAUUGAAUGUGGAAAGUGCUUCAGUCAAAAUGGAAAACUUAGAAGACAUCAACGAACUCACACGGGGGAGAAACCAUUUAAAUGUAUUGAAAGGGGGAAGAGCUUCAGUCAAAAUGGAACACUUAGAAUACACCAACGAACUCACAUAG